AUGGAGGCGCUGUUCUACGACCACACCGUCACCAGCACGGCAACCCGCCAGGCAGACCUUCGCCAGGCCCUGCAGGCAUUUCUGGCAGACUCCGCAUCGCGGUCGGCCAUUCAGCUCAUCGCCCUCUUUGUUCACAUUCCCGUUCCUUCCACCGUUGCUGUGGCCGCCCACGCUGCGACAGGUAAAGCAACUUCCGCGGCUUCACCAUCGCCUCCGGCGGCGUCCCAUCGGAGUCGCGUCGCGAAAAAGCUGGCCUGGUGCGCCUGGGAAGCUGACCGACGCCUUUGUCAGGCAGGCGAGGAUGCAUCGGAGAUGAACAAGUGGGUCACACACGAUGACUUCUCGGCGUCACGAAAGGCUGGUGCCGGGAUCGCCAGGUCGUCUUUCAGCAGCGCUUUUGUUGUCACUGUGGCUUUCUUGGCCCCGCACACACGUGACGACCUCGUUGUCUACGAGAGCUGGCAGCGCUGUGCAGAGAUGUGCUCCGAGGCGUCGGCCGCUGGCGUGGCGCGCGGCUCCGCAUCGCGAACCACUCGAAUGCUCUCGCCACUGCGCCAUGCCAGUCUCAUCGCUCUUUCGCUUGGGGCUCCAUCGCUGCUGUUGUCGUGGGCAGAGCGGCCCACGCGCUGUCACCUAGACAGUAUUCUUCUUCCCCAUCAGAGCCUUCUCGUGGAUCUGUCGUGGUGGGUGGCGACGGCAAGCGGGAGUGCAGAUGCAGUAAGCGAUCCUGCAGCCGGCAGCCGUGUAAGCAACUCGGCGCUGCGCGAUAUAUUUAUCAGCGACGUGCAGCGUUCUUUGAAGCUGCCGAAGGGGGACAGCCGGUGCGCAGUCUGGAUCUCGUAUGCAACCCUUUUGGCGUCUCUGCACCCUCAGGUGAUAGGCAGGGGCGACGGCGCCGACGGUGACGGCGUGAACAUGGACAUGCGCGUUGCAGGAAGUGCGUCACGGUGGAAGCGUGGCCGGAACUCGCUAUAUGGCGAGGUCUCCGGCGUGGACGAGCAGGCCUUCAUGAUGACGUACGGCCAGAUUCGCCAUCUGCUCAGCUCACUCAACGCCAGCCGAGCCGGUGCAGUAGGCCGCACGCAGUUCCUGCGCGUUGUUCUGAGCUACGGCGGCCCUUCUUCUGCUUUGCGCCGCCAGCUCGUGCACACAUGCAGUCGCACAAAGCACGGAGUCACGGCGGUCGAUGCAGCACUGCUGUGCACUCGGUCACUCGUUGACGUGCACGCCUUGUUUGGCGUGCUCGCCGGACAGGACACAGUAAACGUGUACAGUGAGGCCGCCGCGUUUGUGCGCACGGCGCGACGCCGCGCUAGCGCAGGCCAGGCAUCGCAGCAACGGCAUCAGCGCAUCGCUGUUCAAAGCGCACGAGUGGAGAUGUCCUCGUCACCCUCUUCCGGCCCCCCCGGCACCGAACACGAGGUGGCGGAUCGUGGUGCAGGAAACCUGUGUCACAACGCCUUCGUGGAACGAGGUGCCAGAGCGCUGGCACGAAGGCUCCGACUGUGGGAGCGCAAACGGCUGGGCAAACGGGGACAGCGAGGGGUGCCCGUUCGCCCACGCGACAAGGCAGCAAAGAGGCCGAUGAAGCGAGCGCAUGCUGAGACCAGCGGUGCUGAUUCGGAGCGUGUUCUCGUGCACGCUGUCGAAAGGGCUAGUCGAGCGGCGGUGAGUCCCAAGACGGGGAACAAGCGCCGAGCGGAGCCGCUAGCGAGCGGGGAUGGCCGCCCUUCGGCCUCCGCCACGAUAGCCUUGCUGCCACCCCAGAAGCAGCGGAGGACGGAUGCGGCGACUGUCAGCCCAGCGCCGACUACUGAUACAGCUCUCAGCUGGAGCGAGGAUGUAGCUGGUAGUGGCUGA